CUGUCAUCGCAAUGAAGCAAGUUCUUCUUCUCUUGCUGGGGUUGAUCUCAACCAGUCAAAGUGCCAAUAUUUUGGGAAUUUUCACCUGUCCGAUGCCGUCGCAUUCCAUAGUGCAAAUGUCGGUGGCAAAAGCUCUGGCAGAAAAAGGACAUAAUGUCACAAUACUGACAACUGUCGAUCCUGUCAUCAAGCAUAAGAACUUUAAUGUGAUACAUAUACCUUUGUCACCAGAGGAUGCAAGAUAUUUUAAGGAAUUGUUUGGAAGUCUGGGAAAGACAGAUACCGAUGGCGUUUUAGGUUUUUUUCUGCGAGGAGCCAAAUACCUUAAAUUUAGUAUAGUCAAAAUGUUUGAUGCUCUCAGAGAUCCGCGAGUUAAAGAUUUGUACGUGAAUAAGGGAAACAAAUUCGAUUUGGUAAUAUGCCCUUACCUAACUAAUAAUUUUCAACUGGGUUUGGCUCAUAAAUUAAAAGCCCCAAUAAUUUCCCUUACGACGCUGCAACCAUUCGAAUUCUUAGGCAGCAUCGUGGCCAAUCCCCGUGAGUUGUCUUAUGUUCCCGCCAUGAAUGUCGGAGUAGAAAAAGGUGCGAUUAUGACAUUCUCACAACGGAUCAAGACCCUAGCCAUGAGCUGGGGAUACCGUUUAUGGGAUGCGAUAGAAAACGUUGAAAAUAAAAAGCGUUACAAUUUUCUUUAUGGUGAUGAUCCUACCAUGCCUCGCUUUGAAGAUUUACCAAAGAAUAUUUCGUUAAUGUUCUUCAAUUCUCAUGGUCUCAGUGAAGGACCAAUUAGACCCAAUCUGCCUGGAGUAAUUGAGAUUGGAGGCAUACAAAUCAAAGACACACCAGAUCCCUUACCAAAAAAUAUUGCCGAAUUUCUAGAUGAUGCCAGAGAAGGAGCUAUCCUCUUGAGUUUAGGUUCCAACAUUCAAUCUGAUCACUUACAAUCAGAUACCGUAAAAAAAAUGUUCAGUGUUCUAUCGAAACUUAAAUUGAAAGUCAUCUGGAAGUGGGAUAAAUUGGAGCACAUACCUGGAAAUUCCUCGAAUAUAUUGUAUUCCAAAUGGUUACCCCAAGAUGAUAUAUUGGCCCAUCCGAAUAUCAAAUUAUUCAUCACUCAUGCGGGCAGGGGAGGCAUCUCUGAGGCUUCUUAUCAUGGCAAACCAAUGUUGGCUUUACCCAUGUUUGGUGAUCAACAGGGAAAUGCUGGCUCAAUGGUCAAACAAGGAUUUGGAUUAAGCCUCAAAUUGUUGGAGUUGAAAGAGAAGACAUUUCAAAAUACUAUCAAUGAGAUUUUGCAGAAUUCUCAAUACAAAGAAAAUGUGGAAAACUUCUCAAAACUUUAUAGAGAUCGUCCGCUAACUGCUCGACAAAGUGUGAUCUAUUGGACUGAGUAUGUCAUGAGAUAUCAUGGUGCGAAGCAUUUGCAAAGUCCUUUGGUGCACAUGGACUUUAUAGCUGCCAAUAAUUUGGAUAUUUAUGGAAUACUGGGAGUUUCGGUAGCUUUUGUUUUAUAUCUCAUUUACUUAUUUGUAAAAAAUAUUUGUAGAAAAGUGAAAUCAAUUAAGAAAAUUAAGACAAAUUAA